CUCAAUUCUUCCAGUCAGGGCACCUUAGCCUAAUUUGAUACAAUUUCUUUUACCACGAAAAAUGCAAUCUAUAUCAUGUAUUGCGGCCUUGAUACUCCUUGCAAAGGAGGUGACUGGGCUAACUCCAGCCGAAUGGCGGAAUCAAUCUAUAUAUUUUCUCCUGACAGAUCGGUUCGCGCGUACUGAUGGGUCCACAACGGCUGCCUGUGAUGUGAGCCAGCGCGAGUAUUGCGGAGGAAGUUGGCAAGGCAUCAUUAACCAGCUUGACUACAUCCAAGGAAUGGGAUUUAGCGCAAUAUGGAUCUCUCCUAUCACUGAACAGAUUCCGGAUGAUACUGGGCACGGAAGGGCAUAUCAUGGUUACUGGCAGAAAGAUAUAUACAAUGUCAAUUCAAAUUUUGGAUCUGCCGAUGAUAUAAAAAUUCUCUCCACGGCUCUCCAUGAUAGGGGAAUGUACCUAAUGAUUGAUGUUGUUGCAAACCACAUGGGAUAUCCUGGCGCCGGCACAGCAGUCGACUACAGCAGUUUCACCCCAUUCAACUCAUCAUCAUAUUUUCACUCAUAUUGUGAAAUAACCAACUAUGACAACCAAAGCAAUGUUGAGAAUUGCUGGUUGGGAGACAAUAUUGUGUCUCUACCUGAUCUCAAUACGCAGGCAUCGGCUGUGCGCACCAUUUGGUACGAUUGGAUUGAGGAAAUCGUCACAAAUUACUCCGUGGAUGGAUUGCGUGUCGAUACAACUAAACAUGUAGAGAAGGACUUCUGGCCUGGCUAUACCAAAGCUGCCGGAGUCUAUUGUGUUGGAGAAGUUCUCAACGGAGAUCCGGCUUAUACAUGCCCUUACCAGCAGUAUAUGGACGGUAUCCUAAACUACCCCAUAUACUAUCAGCUCUUGUAUGCGUUUGAGUCCUCCAGCGGACGCAUAGUUGAUCUCUAUCAUAUGAUUAACUCUGUGGCUUCUGACUGCAAAGAUCCUACCUUACUCGGGAAUUUUAUCGAGAACCAUGAUAACCCCCGAUUUGCAAGCUAUACGAAUGAUUUCUCCCAAGCCAAGGCCGUGAUUGCCUACGUAUUCCUCACAGAUGGAAUCCCUAUCAUCUACGCCGGACAAGAGCAGCACUUUUCGGGUGGAGCGGACCCCCAUAAUCGUGAAGCUAUAUGGCUCUCAGGGUACCCAACUACGUCAGAGCUAUAUAAAUUCAUUGCGAAAACGAACAGCAUUCGAAAACUAGCAAUUUCAAAGGAUUCCUCGUACCUGACUUCACUCAAUACUCCAUUCUACACAGACAGCCAUACAAUUGCCAUGAGAAAAGGAUCUAAGGGUUCUCAAGUUAUCACGGUCCUCUCCAAUCUGGGCUCCACUGCGGGGCCAUCCACACUUUCGCUUAGCAACCAUGGGUACUCCGCGGGCUCGCAGCUUGUAGAACUAUACACUUGUAGUUCAGUUCAGGUUGACUCUAGUGGUCGCCUUGCAGUCCCCAUGGUUUCUGGCCUACCUCGAGUUUUUGUUCUAUCAUCCUGGACAUCGGGGAGCAGUAUCUGCGGGACAACUUCAACAACUACCACCCCAACGACUGCAACGACUACUUCGACAACGACAACCCCUUGCACAGAGGCCACCACAGUGUCCGUAGUUUUUGACGAACUGAUUAAAACAACUUACGGUGAAACGGUAUACAUGGUUGGUUCCAUUGCACAGCUUGGUGACUGGGAUGCGGAUGAUGCUGUUGCACUCUCUGCUAGUGCGUACACCUCCUCCAACCCGUUAUGGAGAGUCACAAUUAGCUUGGCCGUGGGGACAUCCUUCGAAUACAAGUUUAUUAUAAAGAAGAAAGAUGGCAGUGUGGUCUGGGAAAGUGAUCCAAAUCGUUCAUAUACGGUGCCUUCGGGGUGUGUAGGCACGACGCCGACUGCAAGUAGUUCAUGGAGAUAAUACACGGCCUUCGUGUAAUGAGACCCGGCAAUUGAGGAACAUAGUCGGUGGUGUUCUUAGGUUGGGAUACUAGCAAUCGGGAGGCUUUCCUUGCUUUACAAGGUCGUUCUUUAUCUCGACUGAGCUCUCAGGGUACACUGGAAACGUAGUAUAGGGAGCUGGGCAUAGGACGGCGAGACAGUCCCCAGGAGCCAUCAUAUAGCUAAGUCCAGCGUCAAUAGCGUCCCUCACUCAAUACUAGCUCUUAUCUUAUU